UUUCUUCACAAAUAAAAUCUAUCUACAAAAAAAAAAAAAAUCAUAACAAAUCCCUCAAAAAAAAAAAAAACUUCUAUAAAUUUCUCAAAACUCCUAUUCUUCUUCAUUCCUAACUCACUUCCUCAUCUCACUCACUUUCUCUCUCAUCCCCUGUUUUUCACUUUCUCUCUCUUCUCCUGUUUUUGCAACAAUGUCAACUUCUGCAACUCCUCUGCUUAAAGAUGAACUUGAUAUCAUCAUACCCACAAUUAGAAACCUUGAUUUUCUUGAAAUGUGGAGGCCAUUUUUUCAACCUUACCAUUUAAUCAUUGUACAAGAUGGUGAUCCUACCAAAAAAAUUCAUGUUCCUGAAGGUUUUGAUUAUGAACUUUAUAAUAGAGAUGAUAUUAAUAAAAUUUUGGGUCCUAAAGCUAAUUGUAUCUCCUUUAAAGAUUCUGCUUGCCGUUGUUUUGGUUACAUGGUUUCUAAGAAGAAAUACAUCUACACCAUUGAUGAUGAUUGCUUUGUUGCCAAGGACUCAUCUGGCAAAGAUAUUAAUGCUCUCGAGCAGCACAUUAAGAACCUUCUGUGCCCGUCAACACCUUUCUUCUUCAACACUUUAUACGAUCCUUUCCGUGAUGGUGCUGACUUUGUCCGUGGAUACCCCUUCAGCUUACGUGAGGGUGUUCCUACUGCUGUUUCUCAUGGUCUCUGGCUCAACAUCCCUGAUUAUGAUGCACCUACCCAGCUUGUCAAGCCCCUUGAGAGGAACACUAGGUAUGUGGACACAGUUUUGACUAUCCCCAAGGGCACAUUGUUCCCCAUGUGUGGUAUGAACUUGGCUUUUGAUCGUGAGCUUAUCGGCCCUGCCAUGUACUUUGGUCUCAUGGGCGAUGGUCAGCCUAUUGGACGUUACGACGAUAUGUGGGCUGGAUGGUGCACAAAGGUCAUCUGUGAUCACUUGGGAUUGGGAGUGAAAACCGGUCUUCCCUACAUCUACCACAGCAAAGCUAGCAACCCGUUCACGAACUUAAGGAAAGAGUACAAGGGCAUUUUCUGGCAAGAAGAAAUCAUCCCCUUCUUCCAAUCUGCUGUUAUUCCAAAGGACUGUACCACUGUUCAGCAGUGCUACAAAGAGCUCGCUAAACAGGUCAAGGAUAAGUUAUCCAAGGUAGACCCUUACUUUGACAAGCUUGCUGAUGCUAUGGUCACAUGGAUCGAUGCAUGGGACGAGCUCAACCCACCCAAAGCCGAGUUGUCUAAUGGUGACGCCAAGUAGAUCAACCAACUAUCCAGUGUUUACAUUAUUUUCAUGCUUUCUCAAACUCUUUUUGUGGCAUAUUUAAAACACCCAUAUUCUGAAACUUGUGUUCAGAAUUAGUGGUAAUAUGAAGUAUAUUUAGUAAAAGCUGCUCUUAUAUACUGCAUUGAUUUUCACCAUUUCUUUUCUGACUUGUUUUGGUCAGUAUUAGCUUAUCCAGGAUUGAUAUUAUAAUGGUCUUACAGUUACAUUGGCCUUCUGCAGGCCAUGAGUUUUAGAUCAAUAAAAUUUUAUGCUUCGGUA